UGAUAGGGACUGAAUUGUUGAUCUAAAGACGGUCGAACCUGGCGGCUCCAGCUGCAGUUCACCUUCCCUGCAACUAAAUUAACAUAAGAAUGCAUUCAACACGAUGACACUGCUUUGCUUCAGUCCAUGGUUGUAUUUGAAUCCGACUGCUACAGAAAUCGCCGCGUCUCUGGACAUGGCAGCUUAGCACCAAUUUAGUCACUUCCAAUCCACCUCUUCGUCCUCGAGAGAUCAUCACUAGUCCAACCAUGGAAGAGGAGAAAGGCAGGCAUCGCUGCUCUGUUUUCCUCGCGUUCAUGAUCCUGUCCACCAUCACCCUUCGGUCGUCGCACGCAGCAGACACUCUUUCAGCAGGUCAAUCCAUCCGUGACGGCCAGACGCUGAUCUCCGCCGCCCAGACGUUCGAGCUGGGAUUCUUCAGCCCUCCCAACUCGAGCAAUCGGUAUCUGGGGAUUUGGUACCAAAAGCUCUCACCUCGGACCAUCAUAUGGGUCGGAAACAGGGAGAGGCCCAUUCCGAAUAUAUCUGGGUUCCUAACAAUCGACGCACAGGGAACUCUGAUGAUCUUGGACAAGAUUGGCACGUCUAUCAUGAUAGCAUCUAACACAGGCAGCACAAAUCUCACGAGUGCUACGCUGUUAGAUUCGGGUAACCUCGUUUUGAAGCAGUGGAACUCUAGCCAAGAUGCGCAACCCCUGUGGCAGAGCUUCGAUCAUCCAACCGAUACUUUUCUUCCUGGAAUGAAGCUCGGGUUGGACGGCAAGAGAAACCGGCUGCUCACGUCUUGGAGGAGCUCCGAUGAUCCCGGGCCUGGCGACUUCUCCGCCGGGAUCGACCCGAACGGUACAAAGCAGUUCUUCAUGUGGUACAAGGGGGAGGUGCAAUGGCAGAGCGGACUGUGGAACGGGACAAGUUUCGGACUAGUUAAUCGGAUGACAUCAGGCCAGUACAACAUCACCUACACCCCUCACUGGAUCGAUGGCUACUACUACUACACUUUUGGAGACAGCUCUUUGAUCACGAGGGGAGUGAUGGAGGUUUCAGGCCAGUUCAAGCAGUUCAUAUGGUUGGAGAGCGAAGAGGAAUGGGUUGUGUUAUGGGUGCAGCCGAAGGAGCUUCCUUGUGAAAUCCGUGCAACUUGUGGAGCCAAUGGGAUCUGCAGCGGCAGCCACGAUAACUCCACCACUUGCCGGUGCAUGUAUGGUUUCGUUCCCGCUUCUUAUCAGCGAUGGAGAUCCAACGACUGGUCGGAGGGGUGCAUGAGGCGGACGCCGACGACGGAGUGCGAGAGGGAUGUAUUCUUCGGGUUGACGAAUGUGAAGCUCCCCAUCUUCUCCUCAAGAGAAGGGGAUUCCAGUGUGAGCCUGGAGGACUGCGAAUCCAGCUGCGGCAGGGACUGUUCUUGCACUGCUUAUGCUGCAGCCUAUGCGAAUGGAACUGGAUGCCUGUUUUGGUCUGGGGGACUGCUGGGCCUCCAGGAUGGCACUCAGGAUCUCUAUGUCCGUCUUGCAGCUUCAGAUCUUUCACAGGAUUCAGAAAGUAAAAGCAGUAAGCCUUUGAUCAUAUCGAUCCCUCUGGCGGCUGCAGGCACAGUUCUUCUAUUUGGUAUCUCGAUGUGUUACUACAGGAGGAGAAGAAAGGACAAAGGUGAGAAGGAAACGAGUCAAUUGCUAUCGAGCAGAUCUCCUCCUUCAGCUUCCUUCGUUUUGUCUUCUGAUUCGAUCAAGCCUGGAGAAAACAGCAAAGGCUCUGAUUCUUCUUCGUUCAGCUUCAAAUCCGUAUCGGCGGCUACAGAUCACUUCUCUGAUUCAAACAAGCUAGGAGAGGGUGGAUUUGGGCGAGUUUAUAGGGGUCUGCUGGAGGGGCAGCAGGUAGCAGUGAAGAGGCUGGCAAGAACCUCAGGACAGGGAAUUGAGGAGUUCCAGAAUGAGAUAACCCUUAUUGCUAAUCUUCAACACAAGAAUGUUGUUCGCCUUCUUGGUUACUGCAUCGAGAAGGAAGAGAACAUAUUGAUAUAUGAGUAUAUGCCCAACAAAAGCUUGGAUUACUACAUAUUUGAUCGAAUAAGACGAUCGGAACUAAGCUGGGCUAAGCGUGUUGUGAUAAUUGAAGGCAUUGCUCAAGGUCUUCUGUAUCUUCACAAGUUCUCCAGAUUCAGAGUCAUUCACAGGGAUCUAAAGACCAGCAACAUACUGUUGGAUAGUGAAAUGAACCCCAAGAUAUCCGAUUUCGGGCUGGCCAGAAUCUUUGAGCAGAAUGAAGACCAAGCAAACACCAAAAGAGUGGUUGGUACUUAUGGUUAUAUGCCUCCCGAGUACGCAAUGAAUGGCAUCUUCUCCACAAAAUUCGAUGUCUUUAGUUUCGGAGUAAUAGUACUGGAGAUCGUCAGUGGGAGGAGGACCGCUCGCUUUUUCGAUUCAGAGAGCUCUUCGAAUCUGCUUCGAUACAGUUGGGAGCUGUGGAGAGAAGGCAAGAGCUUGGAUUUGCUGGAUAGUUCACUGGACAUUCCAGAGUCCGGAGAAGAGAUCUCGAGGUGCAUCAACAUCGCGCUUCUGUGUGCUCAAGAGAACGCAGCAGAUCGACCAACCAUGUCAGCUGUGGUGUCGAUGCUGACGAGCGGCGCUGCGUCUCUACCAGCUCCCAGGCCUCCUGCAUUUUUCCUCGUCGCAGUAUCCAAGAAACGCUUGUCUUCAUCCCUGGAAGGGACUUCUACAGAAAACGAUGCUACUGUCACAGCCCUAACAGGUCGAUAGAGGUACUCGAAGCUGCAUCCAUCUAUAAUGGAUUCAGAAGCUUUCUCUGUUGUGCAAUGUUUCCAAUAAGUGGUAAAUGAGAACUUGAUUCCGUUGCAGUAAUUUUGUGCUACAUCGGAUGUAUUGGUAGCUUUAACUCAA